CCUCCGACUCGGUUUCCUCGUCACCGGAUUCGACACACAGCUAUGGCUUGCGCUGGCUCCCCACCGCGGCUACGCCUCCUUCUGCUAGUGCUCUCUUCCUGCGCCGUCGCGGCGGCCGCAGAUGCUUUCCGCUGCGCCACUCCGCCCGACGAAGGCCCCACCAUCCGAAUCCUUCACGCCUUCGGCCCGUGUUCGCCGCUCCGCCAGUCCGCCCGCUUCGACUCGUGGGAGGACACCGUGAUGGACCUCAUGACCCGCGACGAGUCCCGCCUCGCCUACCUGGCCUCGCUCGCCACCGCCGGACGGUCCUUCGUGCCCGUCGCCUCCGGUCGGCAGCUCCUCCAGAUCCCCAACUACGUCGUCCGCGCCAGCGUCGGCACCCCGGCCCAGCCCAUGCUUAUCGCCCUCGACACCAGCAACGACGCCGCGUGGGUCCCCUGCACCGCCUGCGCCGGCUGCCCAUCCGCCUCCCCCUCCUUUGAUCCCUCUCGCUCCACCACCUACCGCCCCCUCCCCUGUGGCUCCCCCCAGUGCGGUCAAGUCCCCAACCCCUCGUGUCCCGCGGGGGCCACCUCAUGCUCCUUCAACCUCACCUACGGAGCCUCGUCCCUCCAGGCUGGGCUCGCGCAGGACUCCCUCGCGCUCGCAUCCGACGUCGUGCAGUCGUACACCUUCGGGUGUCUACAGAAGGUCACGGGUAACUCCAUCCCGCCGCAGGGCCUCCUGGGUCUCGGACGCGGCACUCUCUCCUUCUUGUCGCAAACCAAGGGCCUCUACGGCGCCACGUUCUCCUACUGUCUCCCCAGCUUCAAAUCGCUCAACUUCUCCGGCACGCUGCGGCUCGGUCCGGUUGGUCAGCCGAAGAACAUGAAGACCACGCCGUUGCUUUCCAGCCCGCGCCGUUCGUCUCUCUACUACGUGAACAUGAUCGGGAUACGAGUCGGGCGCCGAGUGCUCGACAUACCGCCCUCGGCAUUCACCUUCGACGCGGCCACCGGCGCCGGGACCAUCCUCGACUCCGGGACCAUGUUCACGCGGCUGGUGGCGCCGGCGUACGCGGCGCUGCGGGACGAGUUCCGGCGGCGGGUGAAGGCGGCAGGGCCGGUGACGUCGCUGGGCGGGUUCGACACGUGCUACAACGGGGCCGUGACGCCGCCAGGCAUAACGCUAAUGUUCACCGGGAUGAACGUGACGCUGCCGCCGGACAACAUACUGAUCCACAGCACCGCCGGGUCGAUCACGUGCCUGGCGAUGGCCGGGGCGCCGGACAACGUGAACUCGGUGCUCAAUGUCGUCGCCAACAUGCAGCAGCAGAACCACCGUGUGCUGUUUGAUGUGCCCAAUGCACGGAUUGGGUUCGCCCGUGAGGCCUGUACUACCGCCUGAGGCACUCGCUGCAUGCACGGAUUAGCCUAUUUUUGUUUCGUCGUCGGAUUUGAAGCGUCUGUAUCUGUUGUUGUGGAGUGGAGUCGUGUCCUGCAGUGAAGAACUCUAGAUCUGGAUGAGUGGGUCUUCAAAGUGGCCUUCGUCGUUUUCUCUCUGUUGUUCGUUUUCAUUUUGGUUUCUUCGUGCUUUUCAUUAGCUUCUCACGUCACAGUAUGAAAACUCUUAAUGACCGCCAUCUCCUCAUGUAAUUUGUAGUCUCUUAGUAAUUUGUUACCUCUCUC